AUGUGUAUUAAAGCAACUCUUCACUUCUUAUGGAGUAAUGUUUAAAACGAUCUUUGUGAAAAAGUUCGAUUCUUUCGCUUACUCUUCCGGAAAAUCUCUCAAGAAACUGUCUAUUUUUUUGUCGGAUCCUGUUUAUUAAUAUCUUUGAAAUGCGUAAAGCGAGUGAAACUUGAAAAUAAUCAAAAUAUUACAUUAUUUUUGAUAAAACGCAGUGGAAAUUACAGCUUAGGUUAAAAUCAACAGACUGUCUUAAAAAAAUGAGCUCAAAUACGUUCACAAAAUAUACCAAAUAUUCUGUCAAGGAACUUGAAUACUACGUGGCGAAUCCAGAUACCUGUGUAGAAAAAAUAGGUUGGACAGACAUCGUUUCUGUGUUACCGAAAUAUCUUAACAAUAUUGGCGAUGGAGUAAGAAAUUACCUUUCCAAAAAAAUUGGUACUUACGACCGCAAGAUUGAUGGUGUCAUUUUAGCUUUCAAGAACACAAAAGUUCUUAGUUCAUUAAUGGCGAUUCGUCCAAACAGCGCGCGGUUACAUAUGAAAAUUAGUACCGAUUUUUACAUUUUUAAACCAGUGAAUGGGUCCGCUGUAGAAGGAACGGUGCAAUAUGUUUCCAAUAAUUAUCUCAGCGCAGUUAUCUACCGGGUAUUCAAUGUUACUAUAAAAUUGCAAUCGAAAAAGCGGUUGAACAUAGUUCGCGGAAGCGAAAUAAAAUUUAUCAUUAAAUCAUACAACAUGAAAAGUAAUUUACCUUAUAUCGAAGGAGAACUAAUUGACAGAGUCGCUGAAAAUGGAUUAUUCAAAACAAAUGGUAUUGCUCUCAGUAGCAACGCUUUGAAAAGUAAAAUUAAACUGGAGGAUGCUUCGAAUAGUAGUCUCUGCAAUGCAACAUCUUCACAGAAGUCAAUAGAUCAUCCUAUUUACAACGUUACAGAAAAUAAAAUAGAGGAUAGUAACUGCAAACAUAAGAAAGUAAAAGGCGAAAUAAAUGUUGAAGACAACAUGCUCACUGACGAAGAAAUGGAGCAUUCUAUAGCAGCAAUUUUGAAAAACUUUGAGAGAGAAAUCAGCGAUGACACUGAUUCGGUUCAAGACUCAGCUAAAUUGAAAGCAUCGCAAGAAUUCAAUUCAAAAUGUAUUAACACGUCCAAACGUGCUCCAACAAAAAAGAGAAAAAAAGUAGUUGGAUGUAAGAACAUUGAGUCAAUGAGAGAAGCUCUUUUAAAUAAGUUUGCUUCUAACUAUGAAAACAGCGAGAAAUGCAAAAAUCAAUCGCCAAGUGUUCUAGAUUCUGUAUUAAGUGAAAAACAACCAAAAAAACGAAAAAAAGUUGCAGUAACUACAACAAAUGACUUUGAAGCAUCUAUUAUGUCAUCUCUGUUAAAAGUCGCCGCAGAAGCAGAAAAACAAAGCAAUGAGCUGACGAUAUCGAAGUCACAUAAAAAAGAAUCGAGGAAAUCGGUUCGGUUUAAUGACACAAUCACGGAAGCUUCAUUUAGCGUAACAGACGAGCAAGACCUUAUAAAGGUAUCAUAUUUAAAAUCAUAAGGAUUGAAUGUUGAAAAGCGCUGUUCAUAAUUAGUUUUAAGAAAUAAAUUUUUACACCAAAAAUCGAAAAAA